UACAAGCAGGUGGAGUUUGACAAAACCGCAGUUAAUCUUGGAACAUUUGCAAGAUCGGAACACCUGCCCUCCUGCUUCAAGAAGAGGCUGUGGAGUUCAAUCUUUACGCGUAUCAAAUAUUUACCGCAUACAUUCACCAAUUGGAUAAACAACCCACGUAUAACUCACAGCUCGCAACAUCCGCUCUCUGAGCUCUGCACGCAAAUUCAAAACGAGAGCAACUUGACGAUACUCAGUCUUUCUGGAGUAUUAAACGACAAGAAAUCAAAAUGCCAAGAGCUUUUCUCGUGCGCACGAAGUCUACCGCAGUUUCCAGCGAGGCUUCUCACCAGGGUGUUGAAAAGGGAAAUAAACAAGGAAAACAAAAUUCCUCCGCGCGACAUUAUGAGAUCAAAUGUGGUUCUCCUGUUACAGAGAGAGAUGAAGAGGCAAUCGUCCCACAACAAAUUUCCAAAGAUGACUGUUAUUCACCGAAUACCUCCAACAGCAACACGGACCUCAAAGAUGAAAGUGACACUGAUGAGAAUGGAAAUUACAAGGGAAACCCAGAUGAUGAGUCCAGUUCAGAGGAGGACACAGAUGAUGGGAACAGUAGCCAUGGAAGCCAAUCACAAGGCAGAUACCCAACUUAUUCCUCAGCUAUACCUAUUGGAUCUGGUCUAAGAUUUCUGCAAACAUUUCCCCCUUCCACCGCUAAAGGACAUGAAGGCCCACAUUUGAAAUUCCCACAGUUCCCUCUGUGGAACUGCAGGCAGCAGCCUUACAAAGGACUCGACCCAUUUGCACGGUGGAUGCAGCAAUGGACGGAGAUGAGAAGGCUUCAAAGCGAUCCAUCCGCUGGCUUGUAUCGAUUCUAUCAUGCACCUAUGUCCCAGGGAGGACCAAAGUACAAAUUGAACGAUCAAAAAGACGAAGAACUUCAGAAAGAAAAUGGCCACUUAUUAAACGCAAGCGGGGCUGAAUCGAAAGAUAUUGCAAAAGAAGGCAAAGUAAAGAUGCCUGGGUCAGUAACAAGACAGUUGUACAACUGUCAAGUGUGUGAUAAAGUAUUCAACAACUCCAUCAGCUUGAAGCAGCAUAUGAUAGUGCAUUCGAACAAGAAGCCAUUCCAAUGUAGGGUUUGCGGGAAAAGCUUCAAACGCUCCUCGACGUUAUCAACACACAUGUUGAUUCAUUCGGACACGCGUCCGUUUGAGUGUCACUUUUGCGGCAAGAAAUUCCAUCAGAAGUCUGAUAUGAAGAAGCAUACGUACAUCCAUACAGGAGAGAAGCCUCACCAAUGCAAUUUUUGCGGGAAGUCGUUCAGUCAGUCGUCAAAUCUGAUCACACAUUGUCGGAAACACAAAGGCUUUCAACCAUUUUCCUGCGAUGACUGCGGAGUGUCCUUCAUGCGAAAAGUUGAUUUGAGAAGACAUAUGUACAUCCACGAACUAGAAAAUUAAAACGUUUUUCUUUUUU